UCAGGAAGCUGGCAGGAAGGGGCGGAGCCCACGCAGCCCCGCGCCGCCCGGGAGGGAGCGGCAGCCGGAGGCCGCUGGCAGUGCUGGAGGAGCGGGUGGCCACGUCGUCCCGGCACGGCCCGACCUUGCUCGGGAGUGCGCGGAGCUGCGGAGCCCCUCGGCCGGGUGGGACAACACCAUGGUCCCCGCCGACGUCCCGUCCGCCCUGGCGCUCAGGGCUGUGGGCCCCGCGGCCGCCACCCCGUACGGUGUCUUCUGCAAGGGGCUCUCCCGGACCCUGCUCGCCUUCUUCGAGCUGGCCUGGCAGCUGCGCAUGAACUUCCCGUACUUCUACAUCGCGGGCUCCGUGAUCCUCAACAUCCGCCUGCAGGUACACAUUUAGAGCCGCGCCGGCGUUGCGGGCCUCCGGGGCCCCGCAAGAUGGCCGCCUCCCAGGCCGCCCCGCGGCCCCGCCGAGGUGCGCGAGAAGAGCGUGCAGACUCGCGAGAGCGCGCUCCCGCGCGAUCCGCUCCCAGCCGCCCCUUCCCGCGGUUUGGAGGUGGGAAAGCUUGCUGAGUCUGUAAAGAGCGGAGAUGUUCCAGCAGCAGAGACCCGGAGACCCAAGGAAGUGUCUAAGGAGUACACAUCCCUAAACCCCUGGGGAAUCUUAGGAUAUGACGAAGGGCACAGGCUGCGUCAUGAGAAAGGAAAACUAAGCUUCUCAAGAGCACAGAUUUACAACGCACUUACGUUCUGAAUUAAUCUUUGGGACGACUGGACUGUGGGCUAGUCAUUGAGUCAGAGGCCUGUUACAUGUCAUGAAUGUGAUCUGAAAAGUAUGUAUCUCCUCCCACGAGAGGAUACAUUGAAACUGUGGGUCAAAGCCAGACUACGGGAAAGCUUGUUCCCAGUGCAAGUACAACAGCAGGAUUUGGGACAAACGGUGGCAGAGUGUGAAGAUAUCCCUGUCAGAGAGACAAUUGGAGCCAAAGAAAAGAAAGUUCAGUCAUGGCAAAAAAAAAAAAAAAAAAAGGACUGUUCUCUCAUAGUCAUGCAAAUGGACCAAAUACGGCUUUUUCCUUUAAAGGGAAUACCUAAUUUUGGUUACAGAGUAAAAUGCAGAUGUUAUAAACCUUGUUGUGAAAAUACAGUUGACAAGUGGAAAGACAAGAAAGUAAAUGGAAUGGUGGCGUCCAUGUGGCGUGGCAUGGUACUAUGGAGAGUGACUAGGACGUUUUAUGGAUUAUGGACAGCCAUAAAGUUUCUAACUGCUAAAUAGUGGGGGGUAACCACAUGAUGUAAACAGGAAAUGCCCAAAGAUGGAGUGUUCUGAAUGUCCAAAAAAGCAAAUACCUGGUGUAUGUGAAUGUAUGCUAGAGAUUUUUCCAAGUCUGGGGUGAGUUAGAACUUACAUUUUAUUUUGAAAUUUAAACUGAAGUCAUUAUAAACCCCAUGAGAAAUAAAAUAUAGUCAUAAAUUAUGCUGCCCUA